GGUGGUUGUCAGAAAAAGUAAACUUCUAACAUUUAUCCAAGUGAUAGCAUGAGAUAUAAAUUUUCUGUCAUUUGAAAUGUCAUUCAUCUUACUAACAUGUUUUAUUGAUGUAAAUUUCAAUACGUGUUGAUAUGCGAAAAAUAAGUGAGGACUCAAAUUAAAUUUAAAAAGGAAAGUGUUACAUCUUCAUUCUCAUUUUGCAGCAGACGACGUGCAUUCGACGUACGGCACUUAUUUGACGUCACGUACUUAACGUGACGGUUAUGUUUACAAAGAUGGAGAUUAUUUUAUUUGCUUUCCUAGUUUUGACAGCCAGUGGAGCAAACGGUUCAGAUUUCUUGUGUCCUAAUUGUAUAGAUGGCCACUGUGUUACAUGUGGUGUGAGACAAAUGUAUUGUUUUAAUGGAUGUAAAAACGGUUACCAUGGUGAUAACUGUGACAAGGAGUGCCCAGAAGUUUGCAUUAACUGCUCGAGAAAUUUUGAUGUUGAUAAAAUAUGCCACACUUGCAAAGAUGGUUUCUACAGUUCAUCCUGUGAAAACACGUGCCCAAGUUCGUGCAAAUCGUGCACAUCCGCCAGCAGCUGCGUUGAGUGUAAAGAUGGAUAUUUUGGAUCAGUUUGCCAGCACGGAUGCAGCAACUGUCAGAGUGGUAGUUGUAGCAAAAUUGACGGCGCUUGUUUGGGGGCUUGUGAUGCUGGUUACUAUGGUGAAAAAUGCGAUUUCAAAUGUGCAGAUGGCUGCAGAUCGUCUAGUUGCUAUAAAAACACAGGUAAAUGUGAAGAAUGUAAACAAGGAUACUUUGGUCUAUCUUGUCAGUACACAUGUGGGAGUGGCUGUAAUGUGACAUGCGACAGGUACUACGGUUCCUGUUUAGGUGACUGCAAACCUGGCUGGUACGGAUACAAUUGCUUAAUGCUAUGCGGAACUGGCUGCGAAUCAGCAUGUAAUAAAAGUACAGGAAACUGCUUGCAGACAUGUACAAAGGGAUAUUACGGACAAAAAUGUGAUACUAAAUGUGGAGAAGGGUGUAAAUCGUCCUGCGAAAGAGAAACUGGCAAAUGUCUCCUGUCAUGUAAAGAUGGAUAUUAUGGCGACACAUGUUCACGUCAAUGUGGAAAAGGUUGCAGUGGUUCGUGCGCAGGAGAAAACGGCUCAUGUCGUACGGAAUGUGUAACGGGUUGGUACGGUGCGAAAUGUGAUCAGCAAUGCAGCAGUGGAUGUAACGGUAGCUGUGAAAGACAAAGCGGACAUUGCCAGUCUACUUGUAAGGAAGGUUAUCAUGGACCUUUAUGUAAACCUUGUGAUCAUGGAUGCUUGGAUAAAAAAUGUGACUCGCGGACGGGUUCCUGCACGAACGGGUGUAGAAAGUUAUACUUUAUGUACAGGCGCGUCCACGGAGAGUUCUGCAACGUGAGCUGUCCACGGUACUGUAAAGAUGGUUGCGACCAGAAAACGGGAGUUUGUGUCAACGGAUGCAGGUCUUCUUCUAAAUACGGCGAUUAUUGCAACAUGACAUGCUCUCCUCGCUGCGAGGGUACAUGUAAUCAGAAAACUGGUACCUGUGACAAUGGGUGCGAAAAGAGAGCUCCUGUCUACGGCAAAUUUUGUAAUAAGAAAUGUCCAAAAUUGUGUUCCUUUCCCUUUAUGUGUGAUCAAGCGACUGGGAACUGCACUUGUCCACCUAAUUACACCGGAAGUAAAUGCGAUCAAUGCAUUGAUGGGAAGUAUGGAAGAAAGUGCUUAGCUUCUUGCCUUACCACCUGUAAAACAUGCACAACAGCCAAUUACUGUCUCUCUUGCAAACCUGGAUAUUUCGGACAUACGUGCAAUUUGAACUGAUCAGACGGCUGCCUGAAUGAGACAUGCGAUGUUAGCUAUGGAACUUGCGAUCACGGCUGUAAGGAAGGUCUAGCAGGAAAAUGGUGUGACGUCGAGAUGAGCCACGAAGACUGUGAUGACAAAGCAAAAAAGACACAAGUUACAAAGAAUAAGUGGAUAAUAACUGGCCUAUGCCUGUUGAGUUGUUUUGUCGUGCUUCUCAUCAGCACUGUCGCAUAUGGGAUCAGAAAGUGUGUCGAAUGCCGCAGCCAGAGAAAAACACCGGGAAAGGAGAUCAUUCCAAAACGUAUGUAAUGUCUGUAAUGAUUAACAAGAUGAUACGUAACAAAUAUGACACC